ACUUUCUGGCGCAGGUCACUCUUCCAUAUAGCUCGACGUGAGUGUUCCAUUCAAUACACGAUUUUCGCUCGCUCUGCUGACGCCAGAUUGUAGGAGAUCGUUAACGUGGGGGCAUUUUGCCAUCCUUGGAUGAAUCCUUUGCCACAUCAGAAGGAUGGAACUUUUAUGAACAAGACGGAACAACCUUGCGAAAAGAAGCAUUCUCUUAAGAAGAACCAGCCACUUCCUUCGCUCCAUUGAGAAAGAAAAACAUUCUGCUUUGAUACGAUUCAUCGUGUUUUCCAGUAACUUCUGGGCGGCUUUUUAAUCAUAAUUUAUUCAAAUUAAAAACUAAAGAAGAAAGUUGAACGGACCUUUUUGUAUAGAAACGUGUUUUCUUUACCACACAUUUUAUCACAUUAUUUACUCUUUUCUCAGGAAUUGACAGAGAUACAUUUUUAAAUUAUCGUCAACCUCCACACCUUUUGGGAUAUUUAUCUGUUGUCCCGAGAAGAACGAUGGUUGUGAAAAAUUUCAAGACCUUCUCGAAGAAGGAGAAGUUGGAAUUUUUGAAUUCCUUCGACACUGUCUUUUCCGAUUGUGAUGGUGUCCUAUGGCUUGGGUCCGAAGUGAUUAACAAGGCGCCAGAGGUGAUAAAAGGUUUCAAGGAAAUGGGGAAGAGAGUCUUCUACUUGACAAACAACAGCAUGAAGACGCCAGAUUCGCUGUCCAUCAAGUUCCAAGGCAUGGGGUUCGAAGCGAAAAAGGAUGAAGUCCUGUGCACUGCAAUGCUUACAGCUCAGUAUCUCAAGAUGAAGGGCUUCAAUAAAACUGUUUACCUUUUAAGUUCAACUGCAGUGAAGGAAGCAAUUGAAGCCGUCGGAAUAUCAACUAUCGGGCACGGGCCAGAUAUCAUGCCAGCGGAUAUCAUUGAAAUGAAAGAAUCAGUUGAUAUUGAUCCAAAUGUCGGGGCAGUAGUAGUCGGGUAUGACCUUCACUUCAGCUACCUCAAGCUAGUCAAAGCUGCGGCCUAUUUGUCUUCGCCUGACGUCGAAUUCAUCGCGACCAACAUGGAUCCUCAGUUUCCCAUUGCUGGUGGUCGGCUUAUUCCAGGAGCUGGAUCUUUCGUCACUGCUGUCGAGAUGGCAUCAGGCCGCAGUGCGACAGUCGUGGGCAAGCCAUCCACUUUUGCAUUUGAAUAUGUUCAGAAGGCGUUCAAUAUGAAUCCAAAAAGGUGUUUAAUGAUUGGUGAUAGAUGCAGCACGGACAUAGCUUUUGGAAAGAAAACAGGAAUGCAAACAUUGCUUGUCCUGACAGGUGUCCAGACGAUGGAGCACGUCUUGCAGUUUGAGAAAAACAAAGAGUUAGACCUGGUGCCCGACUAUUACACUUCUACAAUUGCUGAUUUACUUGAGGUGUUACAUAUGAGCAACUCCACUUAGCAUCAACUCAACA